GCGGAAAGACUGAGAUUAUCUGUGCGGCGCGAGAAUGAAUUAUCAUUUUCCCUUCGUUUGCACCCAUCAGUGGACCAAAAUAAAACCCACCAGAGAGCUAGCGGAAGACGCAUUGCACUACAUUACAUUAUGAGCUCCGGACCCCGAAUCCGAAGCAAAGAAAAACAUCCUAAUCAGAACAUACACAUGUAAAUAAGUACACGUAUGUUUUUAAUAGUACUGUACACUUCUUCCCUGUUACAGGUAGGUAAGGAAGCGCCUGAGCGGCAAGCAAAUGAUUUCUAUAUCUUGGUCUUGUACCCUGACUUAGCCACUCACAGAGUUGCUUGACCGAGGUGCUCAGGAACUGUGCCGAUAUUCAGUCGCUGGAAAGCUUGAGCCUGCCCCACAGCUACGACUACAACGAACGUAAGAUGAUUUCCCCGAACCCGUACUCCUUCAGCGGAAACGUGUCGAAUAGCAGCUGCGCCAGCGAAGACGUUUCCUUCACAGACUGUAUACUCGAGGACAAUGGCCGCAUUUCGUUGGCCUACGAAAAUCUAAGAAGCAUCCCAAGGCGACUUGCAGACAAAUUUGCAGCACAGACCAAGUGCCUAGAUCUUAGUCAUAAUGACUUUCGCGAUUUGAAAUUUCUCUCCUUCUUCGAGGACCUGGACACACUGAUUUUAGACAGAAAUGUGAAUUUGGACUUAAACACACUACCGUAUCUCCCAAGCCUUAAUAUAUUGUGGAUCAACAACUGCGAUGUCUCGAACAUAACCGACUGGAUACACCGCAUCGAACGUCACUGCCCGGCGCUGGAACAGCUGUCGUGCAUGGGCAACCCUGGCAUCAGCACAGUCUUCGGCAGUCAGGGUGCCGAAAUGGCUGUCGCACGCGACUAUAUUCUUCAAGUAUUACCCAAUCUUAAAUAUCUUGACGGUGUGCCGGUUUCCCAGAACAGCGGGAACGGAAGCCAUGCUCUCUCCACAUCCCAAGGGCAAUGCCAAGACUCAACGAGUCUCUCGGGCAGUGGGAAAAUUUCCACACCGACACUAGCUUUCAAAAAUCUCUUUCGACUCAAACCAUCGCCGAAGUCGCUCUGUCCUGGUGGAGCUCGAGGCGAUCAGAUGUUUGGAAACGGAUCCUCCACAAACUGACGUAACAUUAAAACAAGGUUCGGGAAGAGAACAAAUGCAUGUCAUAUUUAGGCAUCCGUGGAACUAUCAGUGCUGCACUCAUUCACCUAUGUAUGUAAAUUGAACGACAUCAGUAAGUGUUCUUCAUUAGUGACUUGGAUUAUUACAAAUAUGUUGUGCUAAUUUUAUUCAUUGUAACAUUAUAACUCAAAGACCACGUUGGUCAAUAUCUAA